AGUUUAACUCGGUUACAGUGCUGAGAGCAAGGAGUAGCAAAAGCAGAACAAGGCAUUUGGAAGAUGGAAUUUUCCCUUAGUUAUUGACAUUCUUUCGUCUUGCUGAUAUGGUGUUUAUGAUACGCAUUCCGUGAUCCUUCUCGUAUCUUUGAUGGCGUCCUCCACCUCCUGCAAGUUUGAACCUGAUACCCACGACGAUGUCACAGAAGAAGAAGAAGAAGAAGAACUUCAGCAUUUUGAUGAUUUCACUAUUGCUUCUUCAUGGGAAAGGUUUAUUUCUGAAAUCGAGGCAGUUUGUCGGAUUUGGAUGGCUGAAGGCCCAAAGAAUUUAUUGAAAAAGGGGGCAGUUCUCUUGGGGUAUUCCAAAAGUUCAUACAAGGUGCAAUCUGAAAUGAAGUAUGCCAUGAAAAGUUACUGCAUGGAGUACUAUUUUGAGACCAACAAUAAUGGCAAACCUGCAGAGUGGAAUUUUGCAUUUCAUGAUCUGCAGUUAUGUUUUGGUGUAAAGGAAUUUUUGGUGAUUGCUCCACAAAGUAUGAGCAGUGUGGUUCUUGAUGCACCAGAGGCAAGCAAGCUGCUGAGUGCUGUUGCAAUUGCUUUGUCAAAUUGUUCAAGUUUAUGGCCAGCAUUUGUUCCAAUUCAUGAUCCUUCACGGAAAGCAUUUAUUGGAAUCCAGAACAUGGGUACUGUAUUUACUAGAAGGUUUGAAGCAGAUCGGAUUGGUAGCCAGGUUCCAAUAAAACUCAUGCAUUUGGAGGGCCUGUAUGAAUUGUUUGUAUCUAAGUUUGCCUACUCUGCAUUGGAUCUUCCUAAUCAUUUUUUUGAAGUCCAACUUGCAAUGAAGCUAACAUACAGAACACUUCCUUAUGAUGACGACAAUAUCAAAGGCAUUGAUGCUCAAAAUUCAAAAUCUGGAGAAAACCUUACCGAUGAAACCUCCAAUGAGACAUGGUGGGAUAAUGAUUGUCCUUGGAGUGAAUGGUAUUCCGCAAAAGAUCCUGUUAAAGGUUUUGAACUGAUUGCAAUAUGGUCAGAGAAGAUUGUUGAAAAUUCUAUGGAAAUGGCUGAACUAGAAAAUGCUUCACCUUAUGAAGCUGAGAAGUGGUUGAUCUCUCCGAGUUGUGCUCCAAAUCUAUUUGAAAGUUUCAAAGGGAAUCAAGUUGGAUUUGCAUCCCGGUUGCAUCUUGUAGUUGAUGCAUUGAAAAUGUCACUUGAAGCCCAAUUUAUGGAAGAUUUUGUUUCAGCAGAUGAAAACUCAAGUUCUGAGAAUUUGAAAUCUUCAAUUGUUAUGCCUCCAUCAAAUGUUAGAGACCGAGUGCUGAAAGAACUGUUUCAAGAAGGAGUACAGCUCACAGAUUUUGCUUAUGGUGGAUAUAAGACUUCUCAAGCUAUUAAAGGCGCACCUCUUGAAUCUCUUUUUGCACAAUUUUGUUUACAUUCUCUUUGGUUUGGUGACUGCAACAUACAAGCUAUUGCUUACCUAUGGAUAGAGUUUGUUCGAGAGGUUAGGUGGUAUUGGGAAGAGUCACAGCUAAUCCCUCGGAUACCAACAAAUGGUUCAAUUGAUCUUUCCACUUGUUUGAUCAACCAGAAACUUCAGAUGCUUGCAGUAUGCAUUGAGAAGAAGUGUGAAAUGAAUGAAGAUUAUCAAGAUUGUAUUGGAAGUGAAGAUCAAAUCGACUCUAUGACUGAGGAGGAUAGUGUAAUUGGGGAUGGCUUAUUCAAUAUGCAGAUACAUGGUGGGGAUAUUUCUGGGAAAACUGACAGCUUUCCAACCGCUGGUGAUAUACAUUAUUUUGUUCGAACAGUACCUGCAGUUAGUGGAAAGCCUGAAGAUGCUGACCUUUUUAAUGAUAAAAAACUUUCAGACAGUUCUAGGAGAGGUUCAGCUGGUUUUGUUGAUCGCAUGACGCUUCUAAAGUCAAAUCAAAGCAUGCAUGCCCCAUACACCCAGGAAGCACCACUUAUGACAGAAGACAUGCAUGAGGAGUGCCUUCAGGCAGAAGCCUCUAGCAACUCAUUUAAUUUAUCUUCUCAGCUGGAAAGGAAUAUAUUAGCUUCAGACAUGUCAGCAUUUAAAGUAGCAAAUCCAGAUGCUGUUUUUGAAGAUUUCAUUCGCUGGCAUUCACCUGGUGAUUGGGUAGAGGGUGACCUUGAGGCUGAGAUGUCAAAAGAUAAUUGGCCUCCAAGAGGGAGGCUUUCAAGGAGAAUGUCCGAGAAUGGGAACUUAUGGAGAAAUAUUUGGAACAGCACACCUUCUCUUCCUGCAUCUGAACAGAAGCCUCUUCUCAAUCCAAAAAGAGAAGGAGAAAAGGUUCUUCAUUAUCUGGAAACUUUACAACCACAUCAGUUGCUUGAGCAAAUGGUGUGUACCACCUUCAGAGCCGCAGCCGACACAUUGAUUCGAACCAGUUAUGGAGAGCUGAAACAGAUGGACACUAUGAUGCAGCAACUUUAUCUUACCAUGGCACCUGCUUUGAAGCCCUUGCAAGUAAAUCGUUUUUCUGCUGAUAGUGAGACCGUUGAAGACCUUAGACGACUGUGUGUCGUUUUUGAACACAUUGAGAAACUACUGACAUUUGCAGCUUCUCUUCAUCGCAAGUUUUUACGAGCACCACGACUUGCCAGAGAAAUUUUCAGCGAUUUCUUCAACUUCUAUAUUCCAAGAAUGGGAAUACGCUUGACAGAAGACUCUCAUAAAAAGGAGUUUGACAAGAAACGAGAAGUGUGGAAUCAGGAGAGAGAAGUUGUGUCAAAUAUGUUUGUUCCACCCACUGCAAACCAGGCUUGGAGAAAGGUUUUGAGUAUGGGCAAUCUUCUCAAUGGUCAUGAACCAAUCCUCAGGGAGAUUAUUUUUACGCUGCAUGAUGGGGUGAAGGGUAAUCACUAUGCUGCUAGUGUUUCUAAACAAAAAAUUGAAACUCAUCGCAUGUACACAUGUGGAACGUCUAAUGACCUCAGGGUAGCACUUUCUGUUGUCUCGUGUGAUUAAUUCCAUGGUGUUUAUUGUUUACAAAUUACAAUUAAAUGUUUAUUUGGAAUCAAUGUCGUAAUAAGUCUUUAAACCUGUCUUCCAAUUGAAGCGUCUCCUCCUCCCCCCACAAAGUAUAACCAACUCAAAAUCUAAAAUAGGGUACUAUUGUUUGAAAAUAUCAGUUUCAAUUUU